AUGAGUAAUGGUAAUAUGUUGAGACUUCUUAUGAGACAUCUUAGUUUGCUUCCCAACCUAACAAUCUCCACAGAUUUUACUUUCUUCGAUCUUGAAAUCAAGUAUGCCAACAAUAACUUUUUAGGUGAUAAACUUCCUCAUGCUUAUGAGAUUCAAACUGUUUCAAUAAAUUUGAUUACAAAUUCAUCAAUGGAAAAUAAGAGAUGGUUAAAUAUAGUGGUUGAUGGCAACAAAGCAAUGGAACAAUAUUGGAUGCAUAUCGUUUCAAACUAUCUUGAAAAAAUUGUCAGGUGCUUCGCUGGAGAAAGACAAGACCAUGAAAAUUAUCUUGGACUAGUAUUUUAUAAUGCAAACGCUGAACUAGUGGAAGUAGGUUAUGACAUGCAAUUUAUAAACUGGACAAAAGAUGUGAACAAAUACAUGGAAAAAUUGUCACAUCUAUCAUUCAAUGGAAAUGAUAUAAAUCAAUCUAGCAUUACAGAAGGUUUAGCAGAGGCUCUUGUGAUGUAUCCAAAACCAUGUGAUACAAUGACAGAAAGAGAAUACUACAAUGCAGAAAGACAUUGUAUUCUAGUUGCUACAGGUGAUCCUGUUCCUAAGACAAUGCAUGUCUGUGUGCCAAUGAUUCUUAGAGCUCAAGUUAUUGGUCAACGAUUACAGGCUUGUCACGUCGAUUUUCUCGAAGUCGCCAAAAAAUGUGUCCCGCUAGCUGUGUCCCUAUCAGUGAUAACUCCUAAUCCAGUUCCUAUUUUUGGAGCCAUAUUUAAUUUGGGAAAUAAUGUAUUAACAUUGUCAAAUGCUCCAAUCUCUAGUUACAGCACAGGACAAUUGACAAUUUUACUGUCAAAAAACUUUAGAGAAGCACACACUGCACUUAAAGAAAAGAGAAUAGUGGAAUUUCCUUCAACAAGUGUUGCAUCAAUUAAUAUAGCAUCUGAUUCAACACUUUUAGAAGAAUCUGUAGCAUCUCAGGCGACGAUAGGAGCAAAAAUAAGCGAAGCUUGCAAUGAUUUAAGCACCUCGCAACCUUUUGAUUUUGAGGAAUUGAUUUUUCCGAAUGGCACGGACCAGGCGAAUGUUGCAUUCCUUAACUCUCAAGUUCACACAAAUCUAUAUGAAGAUAUCAUGGCCGAGCUCAAUAGCGAUAAUGAUAUUUUUCCACCGAUGAAAAGGCCGAGAACAUUUUCACCGUUAGAAGAAGACAAUGAUCUGAUAAACCUUUUAGAAAAACAAAUUUCGACGGAAGCACUAAUAGAGGUUGAAAAUGAAUUGCAAAAAGCUCUGAAUACAUCAGAUGAUCAAACAUCAAAUGUUGAAUUCACUGCAUGUUCAUCUAAGGUAGUAAACUUUACGCCGUUCGAAGUACAAACUCCUGUUUCGAAUACAGGAGAAGGAUCUUCGACAGGACUUUUUAGCGAAAACAGUUUGCAAUCAUGGUAUAAUCCACACGUGAUUACGACAAACUCAUCAACAUUGGAUUCUUCUUCUCAAUUCCAAGCUAGCCUUUCCAAUGGGAAUUUCGCAUAUCCUAAUUUAAUAGGAAACUCACAGAUGCAACCUCAACCAUACUCAUCAUCAACAAGUCAGUUUCCAAUGUUUCCUAGUUUUGCUAGAGAAUCAAUCGGAAACUUUCCCACGCAACCUACCGGACAAUGUUUUCAAGCCUACAACCAGUAUCCGGUGAAUAAUAUGACUCCGGUCAAUUUAUCGCCUCCGUUAGGAACAAAUUAUCGGAUUCAUUCUGCACAAAGCAUAUCUCCAUCAUAUCCGAACUUGAACUCGAACUCAAAUUUGAAUUUCUUCUCGCCCCUCGACGAUUUACAGGACUACAUUCAUACUUGGGAGGUAAGUAAACUAUUCUCAUUUUUUUAACAGAAAAACGAUCUAUCAUUCUUACAAAUUUAGAUUCUCCGCAUUUCCGAGGUUGCUGAUAAUAUAUGAAUCAUGAUCUAGGGAAAUUUAACAGGAAAAAUUAACUCGAGCCGCGUAACUGUCAUUAAA